AUGUCUGCGACGCAUUCCAUCUCCAGCAUCGAGGAAGCUGCCUCGGUAGAAGAAAUACAACCUCAAAGAACGAAAUCGCGCCGAUCUGAGACGGGAAACGAUCUUCAUCUUGCUCAGAGUCAUCUCUCUCACCAUGAUAUGCCAGUGGCCAAUGAUGAUUUCCACGAGGUCGAUGCUGAACAGUAUUUACGCUUUUCACAUACCCGCAAAAUAGUGAUUGUUGCCGUGCUAUCUUUCUGUUCAUUCUUGGCUCCCAUUUCUUCAACAUCGAUUCUUUCCGGUGUUCCAGAGGUCGCAGUGACCUACAAUACCACCGGAAGUAUUAUAAAUGCUAGCAAUGCCCUAUAUCUGGCGUUUAUGGGAAUCGCGGCUCCGUUCUGGGGACCAUUUAGUCAAGUGUGGGGAAGAAGACCGAUCUUCCUUACCAGUGCAUUCUUAUUCUUUGCCUUCAGUAUUGGCACCGCACUUGCUCCGAACCUCCCAGCAUAUUUCAUCUUUCGUGUUCUCACUGCCUUCCAAGGAACAUCAUUCUUGGUCGUAGGUAGCUCUGCAAUUGGCGAUAUUUACGAGCCUCGAGCUCGUGCCACUGCCCUGGGGUGGUUCCUAUCGGGUACUCUGAUCGGACCAGCAUUUGGACCAUUUAUUGGUGGAGUUAUUGUCACUUUCUGCUCUUGGAGAGUUGUAUUCUGGCUCCAAACCGCUCUGGGUGGUCUAGGCACACUGCUAGUAUUCUUCUUCUUUCCAGAAACAUACCCCCACCUCGUCAAAGCGGACCCUUCUCAGAAAACCCCAAAAGAAAAAGCCAAAUUCCUCUGGCAUCGCGUCAAUCCUGCCCGCGUUGGCGUCCUUCUCUUCUCCUACCCGAAUCUGUUCUUCGCAGGCCUAGCAGCCGGCGCACUAGUCUGGAACCAGUACUCCCUCCUCACACCAAUUCGCUACGUGCUAAACCCCCGCUUCCAUCUAACAAGUCCCAUCGAAUCGGGUCUCUUCUACAUCGCACCUGGAUGCGGGUAUCUAGUGGGUACGUUCAUGGGCGGCCGCUGGGCAGAUCACACAGUAAAGAAAUGGAUCCGCAAGCGCGGCGGCAUCCGCGUGCCUGAAGAUAGACUGAAAUCCUGUCUUGUGUUCCUUGGCAUCGUAAUCCCGGGCUGUAUCCUCGUCUAUGGUUGGACGGUUGAGAAGGCUGUUGGUGGAAUUCCUGUUCCGGUGCUUGCGAUGUUCAUUCAGGGAGUUGCGCAGCUGUUUUGUUUUCCCAGUUUGAAUACCUUCUGUCUCGAUGUUAUGCAGUCUUCUGGCCGGAGUGCAGAGGUGGUUGCGGGCAAUUAUAUGUUCCGGUAUGUUUUCGCGGCGAUUGGCUCUGGUGUGGUGCUUCCGGCUGUGGAAGCUAUUGGUGUCGGAUGGUUUAGUACUAUCAGUGCCUUGUUUCUUGUCGUUGCGGGUUUGUGUGUCUGGGCGACUACUAUUUUUGGAGAUCAGUGGAGGAAGAAGGUUGAUGCUAAGAACCAACAGAAGGAGGUGGGGAUUGUUGAACAGCAAUCUUCAACAGAUGUUGAAAAGAUAGGCGUGGCUGAGGUUAAAGUAUGA